AUGGGUAGCAAGAAAGACGGAAAGGUCAAGGAGCCAAAAACAAAAGAAGCAUCAAAAGUAAAAGAACCAAAACAACCUAAGGAAGCCAAAACCAAAUCUUCAGAGAAUUCUACCACCAAUGCAGUUGAAGAUAAUUAUGAAAAAAGAAUGUCAGCCAUUUUACCAUUUGCAAAACCUUUAGCAUCUAAAAAAUUAAAUAAAAAGAUUUUAAAAACUAUAAAGAGAGCAUCCAAAGCAAAACAUGUCAAAAGAGGAGUGAAAGAAGUUGUGAAAGCUUUAAGAAAAGGAGAGAAAGGUUUAGUUAUAAUUGCAGGAGAUAUAAGCCCUGCUGAUGUUAUAUCUCAUAUUCCAGUAUUGUGUGAAGAUAAUGGAGUUUCGUAUAUUUUCAUACCUUCAAAAGAGGAUUUGGGAAGUGCAGGAGCUACUAAAAGACCAACUUCUUGUGUAAUGAUUGUACCAGGUGGUGGGAAAAACAAAAAGAAUGCUGAGAAAGUUGAUGAGUACAGGGAAGGAUACGAUGAAAUUGUUACUGAAAUAAGUAUAAGUGAUUAG